AAGAAAACAAAAUUAAAACAACAAAAAAAAACAAGAAGGCAUACAAUUCAACAUUUCGCUAGAAGAAAUAUGAAUAAUUAAGGACACGAAUGUGGAUUGUAAGUCUAGGCAAAGUUACCUCAAGGAUAACACUUGACACACAUAGUCCUUGCAGUACAAGCGGCUGAUGCAAGUGGAAGUUGAAGGUAGUACAGGACGAAAGAAGCAAAAUAAGAAAAAAAAAAUAAAUAAAACACUAAAACAAAAACCUAAAUAAAAACAAACAAAAAAGACAAAAAUGGGGGACUAUCACGAAUAUACGGAUCAAUAUAAAGUGCCUGUGAUUGCGAAGCUUUUGCAUGCCUUGCCGCACUAUAACAUCACGUUUCACAAAAUCAACAGCACCUUUAGGCCAAAUGAUGAGAUUUAUUUAGAGAGUCUGGGAAUUUUGGGAUCUGCACCGGCUGCGCUUUUAAUUAUAUCACUAUUGGGACUACUUUUAUAUUUGAUGACAAGAUGUUGUGAUAGAAAACCAAGACCGGCGCAUUCGAUAACAAGCUUAAAAGUAGCACUUUCAAUUGUGACGGUGAUGUGUUGUGCAGCUAUUGGAUUAGGUCUUUAUGGUAAUGACGAUCUCCACAAUGGACUGUUGGAAGUGCUGACUGCUGGACGUAAAGUUGACAAUUUGGUCACUACGAUUCGAAAUCAAACUCACAUCCUUGAGAACACAUUGAAAAAUCGUAUCCGACCACAAUUAGUUGAAUUAGCUGACAUCUUUGAUCAGCCAGUAAAUAAUCAAACAGCGCUGUCGAUUCUAUUUGUUUCGCUUAAUAUAGUGCAGGGUAAUGUUACUUUGGCGACAAAUGCAGCCGGUGACAUUCGUCGACCAUUAAUGGGAAUUUCAAUGACACAUUAUCUUUCACGUGGUGACCAGUGGGAAUUGAUUCGAUGGCCAGGCACAGUGGCAACUCUGGCGUUGCUUUUAGUAUUGUGUGCAGUUCUUUUAGUUGGCGUUGCACGUCAUUCACGCUGCGCACUUAUACUUUUCAGCGUUUGUGGCCUCCUGGCAGUAACCGGAUCAUGGUUGAUGUCCGGGCUUUAUUUGUCGUCAUCAGUGGCUGUUGGAGACCUCUGCAUUAAUCCAGCAGAUUUUCUAGUUUUGACUGCACCGAGGGAUCUGCCAACAAAUGUGCUCCUGCAUUACACCCAAUGUGAACCAGGCCACACCAAUCCAUUUACCCAGCGGUUGAGAGAGUCUCAGAACUCCCUUAAUAACGCUCGCAGUGCUAUGGCUACCGUUAUGAAGAUAUCCUUGGUUCUCUUUAAAUCGUCUGGCUUGCAACCUAAGCUAGGUGCGGUCAAUGCGGAUCUCAAUAGUAGUGAGCGCCUUCUAACCCAGCUGACAGCAUUGGUCGAUUGUAAGGUGGUUCAUCAUAACUUCUUAACUGCCGCCAGAGGUCUCUGUGAAGGUGGUUUGCUCGGAUUGGUUCUGAUGUUGAUUGCUAGCUUCAUUGCGGCAAUUUUACUCACCAUCAUGGUUUGGGUGGACUCACAUACAUGGAUUUAUAUUAGAAAACGCAACGACUACGCCCAAGUAGAUGAACCAUCAUACAUCUCUCAUCCAGCACCACAAAACCAUCAACAGAUGAUGAAUGCUCGGACCCUGCCUCGGAAUCCAAAUGGACACUUCAGCCCACCGGCGAUCAGUGGAUCACACACCUUGCAGCAUCCAUCAAAGAGGCAACAGCAGCAUGACAUGAUGGGGCACGCGCACAUGCAGCAGAACAUGAGGGCUAUGGGCACCCAUACUUUGGGAAGGUUGCCAUCGCACAAUCAUAGCCCCACACAUCUAACUGGCCCAAAUAACGAAUCGUCAGCCUGUAGCGACAUGAACAACCGUCAACCAUCGCAGCAACCCAUCUACUGUCAUCAUCCUCAUCCGCAUUCCCAUGCCGCAGCAGCAGCAGCAGCGGCAGCGCAUGCUCAUUAUCAUCAUCAGCACCAGCACCAGCAGCAGUAUCCAUAUGUUCCAGCUAGCGCUCAACAACUUCAACAGCAACAAAAUCAAAUCUACCAGCAAAUUCCAGCACAACUAGGCCCAAUGCCAGUCACCAGUGGUAAUCCACAUUCGAUCUAUCAGUCAACAAGUGGUGCAGCACCUAUUUACGUUUCCAAUUCGGCGACAAUGCGAAGACAAAGUUCCCAAGGCAGCAACGGCCCCCAUUCAUUGUACGGCCAACAUCCACAGCAUCAGCAGUCACAUCAACCACUGCCGCCACACAUGCAACAGCAUCCAGGACCAAUGUCUAAUCAACUAACAACAAAGUCCCCACCGAAAGAAACUAUAGAAGUUCCAAGUUCGAAUAGCAUAGACAGUGCUAUGUACGAACGGGACAAACAAAUCUAUAAGUGUUCGACUCUGCGACAGGGUGGCAAAUUCGAUCCUAAGUAUAAGCCAUCUAUUUUGAAUUGCCCGCUGCCAGAGAUUCCAAAGGAUGCUGGAGAAUCGCCUAAACGAGAAGAACCAAGCAAUAACUAUUCAAAAACCCUCCAACGGCCACCGAUGAAACUGCCGCCUCAUAUGAAGGUGAUAUCACCGCCUAGAAUUGAAAAUCCUUCACUCACACCAUCAUCACAAUCUCAAAAUGGAGGCAAUAAUCAUAUGAAUGGACAGGCGAUGACAACGACAUCAAAUCCAUCACCACCGUCAACGACAGUGACACCAACUCCACCUGGUGCAACAAAUACUCAAACAAAAUCACCUCCUCCUCCAUCAGCGGUCAGUAUGGGUUCUUCUCCCCCCAAAGUCGGUACUCCUCUAAUGAGUGCCAAUAAUAAUUUAUCGAACGGAGAUGACCAAGAUUUGCCACCACCACCGCCACCAGCGUUAAAUGAUGAAUCAAAUUAUGCUGUGACUGAACUUUAAAAAUUAAAUAAAUUUUAAGCUUAAAAUAAGACCCGAUCGAAAAUAUUAUUAUAUAAAUAUGUAAACACACAAAAACCAUACAUAAUAAUAUUUUACUGCUGGUAAGAUUUCAAAAAACAAAACAAACAAAUAUUGAGUGCAUAGAUUUUAAAACACGCCCGCGUUUAUCCUAAAUUGCUGCUUUGGAAAACACAAAAAGGGCUUAAUUUUUUGAUGAUGAAAAAUGAAAAAUAAAGGAUGAAGGAUAAUUUUUGUUUCUAUGAAAAUUGCAAAUUACGCUACAGGCUGAUCAAAUAAUUAUUAAAAAAAUUAAAACUAAUUUGCAAUUUAAUGGAUUCUUUAAUUAUUAUAUGAAAAUUGUGAUUUAAUCGAUGAGUAAGAUAUUGGAAUACAAAAAUAAGAAUCAAAAGAAAACACAUUACUCGUGUGUGUUUUUGAAAGGGGGGUGGGAUAAAUAGAUUAAAAACUUGUAUAGAUGAGAGCUAGCUUUUUAUGUUAAAUUUCAUGAAAAUGGCAUGAAAAUGUUUGCUAAUUUAUUUUGAAAAAUUAUUAUAAAUGUAUAUUAUUUUAGGUAAGAUGUGAUUAGGGUCUUCGAUCUAUAACUUUAGUGGAUGUAACAAUAAAAGUCAAGGAGUUCUUUGUAGGCUAAAAUUAUCUUAAAUUUAAUUUCAACUACACCUGGAUGACAUGGUGAGGUAUACCUAGUCGUGAUAUUUGUAAGUUCUGCUUAAAUUAUAAACACCAUAACACAAGCACUUACAGUAUUUUGUAUUCAUUGUUAUUUCAUUUAAUUGGCCAAAUGGUUGGCUUUAAUGCAAGCUGUUAAACGGUGUAGUAAUCGACCUAUAGUAGGACUCACUGUUUCAACUGAUAUGUUUGACACUUUUUCCGGUAACACUAUCUUAAGAAUUUGAAAAUUCCUGUGAGAUGUCUUUUAGACUUGCUCUCCAAUUCCGACCACAAAAAUCAGUGUUGAGAGUUAGAAUAUCGACUUCUCGAUAGCCUAUCUUAAGCUUCUCUUAGAUCAACGAUAUUGUCCCUGAGGCAAUUUUGUGUGUAGAAGAAUCCAUCCAUGUAUCUCCAUUGAAAAGGGUAUUUUUUAAGACCAAACCCUCCGUUUUCACAUUUAUUUUCAAAAACGCUUGAUGAGACACAGCAACGCAAUGAUGGUUACGUUUGACAAUAAAGGCUUUUUGACUCUUUCUGCAAAGCGUCGAUAGCCCCUCAUGUGUGAAUGCUUAUCAGGAUUAAAAUAGAUCUGGUGAAUCUAUCUUACUCUCCGGACGUUAUUUUUCCUUUCCGAAGGGGUUUUAGUGUAUACUACGACAUCGCUAAAAACACUGGUCGACAAGGUUUUCUCACUGCCAAUAAAAUUUUUGGAAUAAGUUUUGGAUGGUUUAAUUCAAAUCCGACUUCAAAAAUAAUAUAUCAGUCAGGUUUUUUGAGACAUUCGAAAAACAUCAACAUUAAGUUGAAAUAUUUAUAUUACAUCAUAUAAUAUUCAAAAAAUCGAAAAAACACUAAACCAUUUAUGCUAAAACAGUUUUCAACAAUUUGUCUAAACAAUUUCAACAUAAAAAUAAGGUUAAAAACGGUUAUUUUUAA